AACAAACCAACUAACUGCUCUCCUUGGAUCGAUAAUAUUUGUUUUUGUUUUAAAUGCAGUUUUUGAAGGAACUUAUUGGCUUGAAAGGAAUCACUAUAUAUAUUCUAUCAUGCAUUUUAAUCGAAGUGAUGUUCUAUUUGUUAAUUGUAAUACAUUUUGCAUUUCACCUGGUUGGCGAACUUUUCUGUAACCAAAUUGAGUUAGAUUGUUUUACACUAUGAAACUGCGUAACAUUUCAUUUAAGUGUAUCACACAAACAACUGGAAAGAACUAAACACAAAGAAAAUACUGAAACGUACGUAAGUUCAGUUUCUGAACAGGGCCAAUACCCGGCCGGGUGUACACGUUAAAAUUACGAUCGCAAUUGUUUGAGUUCAAGAAUAAAAGUAUACAGCUUUUCUCGUACAUCGUAGGUUUUAAUGUACGCGAGCAGCGAAAUUGGUCAUUUUCAAGAUAACAGGGAACCCUGAAUGACCCACAACCCGGUUAACAGGUGCUCUUCCGGCCGUGUUGGGUCAAUUAUUUAUGACUAAAAAAGAGGCUUUCGAGACCAUCAGUAAUAUGUUCCUUUUCGUUGAAAACCAGCUAACAAAAUGAGAGUGGAAACUAUUUUAUUCCUUGCUGCCUUCUUCCUGUGUGUUCAGUGUCGUUUUUACACCGAUUCAAACGUUGAUCCUGGCUUUAAACAACAAUGUAAAGACGACACGUGUGUAACCGAUGAGCGGCCGUGUUUCAUUCCGCGAGAGAAAGGAAUUUUAACACGUCUUGAUGGAGUGAAAGUUGGGCAUCGACAAGAGGUAGAUCUAGGACUUGAGAAAAAAGUCUUGAUUACUAGAGCUCUGAAACCACUACUGUUCGAAAUCCCGAAUUUCCUGUCGGAAGAGGAAUGCGAUCAUAUCAUAUCACUGGCAAGCGAAAACGAAUUGUUCAAAAGUGUGGCUAAAGGUGGACUAACUGAGAGUGACACAUGGAAGUAUGACCCAAAAUGUGAGUUCUGUAAAGUAAAGCUAAUAAAGUGAAUAGGCCUUUUUGGUAUUCUCGGUGUUAGACUGGAUCCAGCUUGCAAUGGAGGCUCAUGCCGGUGAAUAUUGUAUUAAAAAGAGAUUAACGUCAUUUGUAUUUGAAACGACUGCCCGCAAUAGCCUCAGCUGCAAGCUAGGUCCAGUCCAAUAACAGGCAUCUACAGAAACUGCAAGCUGGUUUAAUACAAAUGCGCGUAUGUGAUUGUUCCCUUUAUCGUUUGGUAAUGUCUGCGAAUUGAGACUAGGCUUUGUCUGUCGUGGGUUGCCCAUUUGUUCGUGGAAAACUAGGACCUGAAGUUAUUUAGCUAAUUAUUAGAUCUUUCAGGACACAUGCAGACGUUUUCAUAAAAUAUUGAGAUGCUACAUGUGUGUGCGUUUUAUCUAACUGGCAUGCCAGGCCUUAUGACUGUUUCAGCGAGUAGUGAAAGAAUUCAUCUGACAGUUUAAUCGAACUUUCACACCGAGAGUUCGAUUGCAAGUUGAUCAAAAUGUUUAAUGUUAACCGUUCAAAGUCAGCGCAUUGAGACUUCUUUAACAUUAAACACCAUUAUUGCAGCCCAAA